AUGAACGGGGGCCGGUUCGACUUCGACGACGGGGGCACGUACUGUGGCGGUUGGGAAGAAGGUAAAGCACACGGUCAUGGUAUCUGUACCGGUCCCGAAGGCAAAGGCGAGUACGCCGGAGCCUGGCACUAUGGGUUUGAGGUAAGUGCGAGGUACCCUGACCACGCUCAUUGUAGGUGUCGGGAACGUACACGUGGCCCUGUGGCAACACCUACGAAGGUCAGUGGCAGAACGGCAAGCGGCACGGUCUUGGCGUCGAGUCUCGAGGUCGGUGGAUCUACCAAGGCGAGUGGACGCAAGGACUGAAAGGCCGCUACGGACUGCGACAAUCGCGACAUUCCAAAGCCAACUACCUAGGGACCUGGUUCGGUGGACUCAACGAUGGUUACGGUACAGAAACAUACGCCGACGGAGGUGAGAAAUUAUGCAAAUUUUUUAAUUAAAAGUAAUGCUAAUUAUUAGAUGGCCUAGAGCCCAUUAACAUUUAUAUCCGCCAUUUCAAGCCUCCUAUGCCUUUUUCCUUGGUUUAACAUAACGUUCUGAAACAAAUUAACGAUUUCAAAGUUUUAAUAACGCCAUAUGUUCCAGGAACGUACAAAGGCCAAUGGCUGCGUGGGAUGAGACAUGGCUACGGAAUCAGGACGAGUGCAGCCUAUUCCAUCGCCGCCAAAUACCGCGCCCGAUCACACACGAAUGCAUCGUUCUCGAGUCUCAGAUCUGAUCUGGGUCCGGAAGAGGUCGAUGACAAGAAGAAACGAGAAAAGUCAGGCGGACUCGAGAACGAUGACGAGUUCCGAGGAGGAUUCGUCCUGCGGCUUCGCAGCGAUGCCCCGACGAAGCGACGACGAUCGUUGUCGGAACGGUCGUUAGCGGUGAAAAGGACGAUUCUCAGCAAUUUGAGGAUCAAGAAACAACACUCGACUGGUGACAUCCACCAACGAGUCACUUCAAUGACGGGUAGCCUCAAGUCCAGUGGCAGCACGAUGAGCUGCACGUCAGACGAGGACGGUGAAAGGCAUCUGAACGACUACUACAUGGCUCCGGUAGGUUAAACAUUGGAGACAAUUACCUCUUCCUUGCAGGAAGAACGCAUUGGCGACGAUGUGGUGGAGUGCUAUCGUGGAGAAUGGAAGAACGACAAACGUAGCGGGUUCGGAAUCUGUGAACGGUCAGAUGGAGUCAGGUUUGCCGGUGAAUGGGCCGGCAAUCGGAAGCACGGGUACGGUGUGACGUAUUUCAAGGACGGAACGUAAGUUAAUGUACAAGGUAAUCAAAGGCUGAUUAAGGAAAGAGGAAGGCCGCUACAAAAACAACAUCUUGGUGUGUAGCACCCGAAGGAAGGGUCUGUUGUUCGUACGAUCGGCGAAACUCAGAGAGCGUAUCGAAUCUAGUGUUGAAGCGGCGAAGCGUGCAGCCGAUAUGGGUAAGUGUAGCCACAGUAAAUAAAUCCAAGCAACGACAACAGGUCAUCCCAUAAGACCCUUUUGAAUAAAGUUUUAACUAAAAAGUCUGUUUCAGCUGAACAACGAGUCGACAUCGCUCUGUCAAGAACUUCCACUGCACAAGAACGAGCUGAAGCGGCAAUUGGAGUCGCUGCCAGAGCUCGUGACGAUGCGAACACUGCCAGGAUUAGUGCCGCCCAAAUCGACCCUGCCUUCAGGCAGCCUGGUAUAGAACACCUACGACAAGCUAGACGACGUAUAGGCGAUCCGGUGUAUCAGAAUCAUGUUUCUUUUGAAUCAACAGGAAGCGCCCAUCAACAAGCCUACGAACACCAACACCCACAACAAUACCUGCAACCAGACGCCCAACAACCGGGCUAUUCUGGCAUGAACAACUCCCAAUAUUACUAUCAACAAGAAGCGAAAGACGCUAAUCAAACCCACAACUUGCGUCCUCAACACUUCCAGCCUCAUGCCGCUGCUUAUGAACAACACCAGGUGUUACAACCUCAAGAACAAGCUCACGACUUCCCUGUGAACUACAAGGAACAGGAAAACAGCACACCUAUAUCACAGAACCAAACCAAUCCAGCCUACCCUACCCCGUCUUCACAUCCUAACGACAUCUCACAUAUCCCCAACAACAUACACGACGUGCCCAACGUGAUCCCCGAGCUGGAACAGCUAGGUAAUCACGUUGGUUACAAUUCCCAAACUUCGCAUCCCAUCGAAGAAAACCACAUUAUUUCCGAGCCCGUGCCGAGGCUGCGGAAAGGUCGUGCCAACACAGAACAUUGUUCCACAAUGUCGAUCAGCGACGACCACUACGAUCAGUACGCAAUGAACCGGUCCAAUUCUUCCGGCGGCCCGCAACUCAGAAGAAAUCGACCGUCCUUGACACGGCAGUCCGAGGUGCUGGCUGAUGGAGUGGUGAGUUUUUGCCAUUUUCAUGUUUUAGUUUUACUUUUCCUUUCAUAACCCGCCUGCCACUUUUUAACCGCUUUUUCUGUAGCAACUAAACCGACGCUCGACGUUGGCGUCGGCCCGCGACCGCAACAACGCCGCCAAACCCACCAACUCUCUGUACAAACCCGAGACCACCGCUGAAGUCGACGAGAGAGGAUCACUGCCUAAUUUGGACGAAUUAGCUCAGCACGGUCUCUGCUUGCGCCGAGAAGACGCCGCCCGGCUCGCUUCUCAACGGCGUCAGGAGGCGCAGCGGAUUCAGGAAGAAGAAGAACUGCUACGCGCCAACCCCCUUCGAUACCUCUAUCAUCCAGCUCUCCGGGUACCUCUUUUUCUUCAUUUUCUUCUAAUAUCAGUUUCUAAAACACUCGAGAACAACUCUAAUCACUUCACUUUCAGAACUGGAUCCAUGCAAACAAAGGCAUUCUCAUACUUGUGGCCUUCAACGUGUGUCUUAUCUAUGUUUUGUUUUACCUGCUCACAUACGACAGGGCACCGAACGCUUGA